AUUCUGGGGUAUUGAGUUUUUUUUAGUUUAGCACAACACACGCUGUGUCGGUGAAACAUGUUGGAUUUGUAAAGGCUUAAUUUUCCGUGAAAUGAAACUUGCCGCGUCACCCAGCAGUAGCAGUCCUUUACUUUGAGAUAUGCAUUAUUUUUUACAUUCAAUUAUAUACUCCUAGUGUUUAUGUUACGGUGUGGUGUUUAUGUUACUGUGUACUGUGUGUUAGCAGCAUGCUAACUAGCUGAUAUCUGGACUUCUACUUAUAAUACAAUGUUGCCUGAGAUAUGGCAAGGGGCCGAUGCAGGAGGGCUUCUCGUCAUACAAGAUUCUGCUAGUUGUUCUGGCCGACAACUCCUGAAAAGCUUCAUAAAUGCUGCACUUACCAGGGAGGAAGAUAUCCAUGUCAUUGGUUUUGACGUCAGUGAGGAUGAACUGAGAGAUGGAUUAAAAGAAUCAACCACUCAGAGGCUACACUUUCACAAUGCUUUUACUGACCCACUUGGCUGGACCGAUCAUCCAGCUUUCACAGUUCGGCAGUUCAAUUUGGUGGAAAUUACACAUCUGGUAAAGCAAACAUCACACGCCAAGGCAGCUACCUUGGUAAUCGACUCUCUUUCUUGGAUUUUGAGGCAUGUCAGUCCUUCAAUUGUUUGCAAGACUCUUCAGCAACUUAAAAAAGGGGGAGCUGUGAGAACUAUUAUUGGUCUGCUGCAUGCAGAUAUGCAUCAAAGAGGGACUGUGGGAAGUGUAUGCCAUUUGGCUACUUCAGUCAUCACUGUGGUUCCGGGAAUAAAUGGAGAUGAAGCAGUGGCAAAAAUAACAAAGCGCUCAAAGUCGGGGAAGGUUAUGCAAGAUGAGGAGAUUUUUACCAUCAAAGAGGAUCUUACCAUCAUAGUGCAGAGCAAGUCCAGCCAAACUGGACUCAAGCAGCCACACACCGAGGAACAGGAGGCCGACCCAGCAGCAAACUUGACCUUCAACCUUCGCUUAUCUGACACAGAGCGUGAAGCCAAAGAGAAACUUGCACUUCCCUUUGUCUUCAGCAAAGAGAAGAAAACAGCUCUGCUCCACUCAGGCCUGGGAUCAGGACGAAUAUUGUAUGAGCCUGAUGCAAACGACGACUAUGAUCAGGAGGACCCAGAUGAUGAUCUUGAUGUGUAGGAUUUGGCCAUAAAACCCACUUAAGGACCAGAAGAUACACGUUUCAUUUACGUUACUUUGCCACUGAAUCAUUUUCAGUUGUGCAGUUUCAAAGCCUUACCACCAUCUAUUGGAGUUGGAAAUAUAAUGUAAUACCUAUGAUCACUGUUUCCAAAUAUCAGUGAUUACCUUAUUGUAUUUUUUUCCCCCUUGUAAAAUAAAAUUACUUUUGAACACAA